AGAAUAAAAUUCAAGAACUGAUGAUUAAAAUAAUCUAAAACCACAAAUCCUUGCAUGAAUUGGUUAUAUAUAAUAACAGUCAUCAAGUCUUUUAAUCUUACCGUUUAAAACAAACCAAAAAUGCAUUUAAAAAGGGAGAUUUGGACGAUUUCAAGGAAUUUAUGCUCAGCUCUAGCAAAUGGAUCAAAUUAAAAACUUUAUUAAACUAAAGUAACUAAAGUGUAAUUUACUCAUCGGCUUAAACGUAAUUUAAUAUGUACAAUAAGAAACAAAUAUUUUCCAUAACGCGAGAAUUUUUCUCCUUCUCUCUGUUCUUUUCCCCCAUCGAUAAUCACUGGCGCAAAUCGCCAAGGUUUGGCUUCAGAAAUCUCACCCUCUCUUCACUUUAUACUUGGUUUUUUACAGUCGUAGGCCUCAAGCAUCAUUUGAGGUUUUUUAGGAGGAGUGGAAAUGUCAAAGUCUUGCAAGGGACUUGCAAUGGAACUGGUCAAGUGUCUCAGUGAAUCUGAUUGUAUUAAGAUUGAGAAUCGAUCAUAUAAAGACUGUGCAGGAGAGAAGAGCCCUUCCAUUUCAAGUGAGUGUGUGGGACUUAGAGAAACUUAUUUCAAUUGCAAGAGAGGCCAGGUUGACAUGAGAGCUAGAAUCCGAGGAAACAAGGGUUAUUAAGUUCAUGGGAAUGCUUGAAUGGACCCUUCCUGCAGGUUGGAACCUGGAUAAAGAAGAUGAUUGCUUUAGCUUUACCUUGCUCAUAGCAGUAGAAACACACCUUACCUUGUACCCAAGGGAUUUUGUUGCGUAGAUGAUUGCUGGAUAAUGAUCAUGUAGCCCCCUUUUCAUUUCUUUUUGGGUUUGCCUUUCUUCUAAGUUCUUACUGACGACUGAGACUUGUAUAAUGAGAAUAUUAAAUAUUUUUUUUUGCUUUUAGAAGAAUAUCAUUGCUUGGACA